CACCCCACGGUCCUCUCCGCCCGUCUAAAUAAUUCUGCUGCGGCGACUGCGAUUCCCCCCAACCCCCCAGACCCACCGCCACCCACCAAAACACGGACUCCUCUCGCUCGCUCGCUCGCCGCCGCCGGCUGCUGCUCCGCGCGGCCGUCGCCGGGCGUGCUUCAGUCAGCUCGCGCCCCUCCUCGUGAGCUCGAAAUACCUCAAGAUGUCGGAGCAUUCUGAGAGCAAGGCUGAAAAGCUCAUGGGCAACAUCAUGGAUACUAUUGCUGACAGGCUCCCCAAGCAGAAGUCUGACAAUAUCAUGAGCAACAUCAUGGAUACCAUUUCUGACAAGCUCCCUAAGCAGAGGUCUGGCCGUUUCGAUCCAGGCUCAGUCGCUGAUGUGAAGAACAAGAUGUUUGGUCGUCAGAGGUCCCUCCAUGGAGUUUUGGGUGGCGGAAAGUCUGCUGAUGUGUUGUUAUGGAGGAACAAGAAGAUAUCUUCCAGUGUUUUGGGUCUCGCAACAGCUAUCUGGGUUUUCUUCGAGUGGCUUGAUUACCACUUCUUGACAAUCAUUUCAUUUGCCCUUGUUAUUGGAAUGGUGGUUCAGUUUGUUUGGUCCAACUUCUCAAGGUCUUCUGAAAUACCCCGGGUUAAGUUGCCAGAGGACCUGUUUGUGAACAUUGCUGUUGCCAUCGGUGCCCAAGUAAACAAGUUCCUUGGUUUCCUUCAAGAUGUGUCUUGUGAAAGAAACUUGAAGCAUUUUGUAUUGGCAAUUGUUGGAUUGUGGGCUGCUUCUGUAGCUGGGAGCUGGUUCAACUUCCUGACUGUCAUUUACAUUGGGUUUGUCUGCGCGCACACGCUCCCUGUGCUGUACGAGAAGUACGAGGACCAGGUCGACGACUUCCUCUACAGCAUCCUGGGCCUGCUCCGAGAGCAGUACCAGAAACUCGACAGCGGCGUCCUGAGCAGGAUACCCUCCAAGAGGAACAAGAAGAGCGAGUAGAUUGAUUAGAUCAGAUGGACACUCAUGAUUUAUCGAGUGAAAUCCCAGCUAUUAUUUAUUCUGCCUAGUUUGUGUGCUGCAGACCUGUAGUGUGUCUCAACUGUCAUGUGAGAGAAUGUGUGCUCAAGUGCUUCCUGAACGGAACGCUGGUUUAAAUUCAACCGCGACGCAUGCGUCUGUUGUCCCAUUUAUUAUUAGUGGGAUGCUGCUCAACAAACUGGUGAGACCAGAAGUUGUAUGCAUAUAUUGGAAAUUGAGCUGAAAUCCGCUGUGCUUUGUCAAAAA